CAUAAGCACAACUUGUAAUAUUUUUCUUUCUUGGAAUAUUGUGAAAAACAUCAUGAGGAGGACAAUUCUCGAUUCCUCACCACAAAUGAUAUCCUUCCAUAUCAUCAUAUUCAAUCACAACAACCGGUUCCACCACUUAUUACUAAUUUUUUUUUUUUCCAAGCUUGUAUUUGCAUUCACUUGUUCUAUGUCUUUACACCACAACCACAAUUCUCACUACUAUAUAAUACAUAUUAGCUAUAAUUCUACAAAACCCUUCUCUUUUUGGCUUCGUUUUCUCAAUUCAUAUGGCAACUAAUAACAACUACAAUUCUCUCAUAGGAGCCAUGGAUCGUCUAUGGUUUCAACAAAUCAUUCUUGUUUCACAACCAAUUUCAUUACCUCAGUCCACCUCUAAAUCCUUAUCUCCAAGUCAUCACUUCAUGUCAUCAUCUCUUGAAGAUGAAAAAGAUCAUGAAGACUUAUCAUCUGAUUUUUCGCAUAGUUCGAACUCAUCAAACUCUUCAGAAUCAUCAUCAGAGUCGCUCAUACCAAAACUUCCAAAGGAUGAUCAUCAUGAUGAUUAUGAAGAGAAGCUCAUUAACAAGAAGAAGAGGCCAACAAGAUCAAGAUUAGUAGCAGGGUCUAGACUCAUGAUGAUUAGGUCUCAUUCAUCAUCACCAUCAACUAAAAAUAGAAAAUCAUGCCCUAGUCCAAUUGCAAUGGUACUAGAAAAAUCGAUGAGUUGCAAGAGCUUGGGGGAGCUAGAGCUAGAAGAGCUAAAAGGGUUCAUGGAUCUUGGUUUCAUAUUCAGGAAAGAGCAUGUAAGUCCUAGAAUGGUGAAUCUAUUACCUGGUCUACAAAGGCUUGAACAAGUGUACAAAAGCAAGUACUAUAGAUCUUCUCAUAAACUAGAACGAGUUCAUGCCAAUGAAAUUGAAGAAGAGCAAGAAACACAACAAGAACAAGAGCAAGAACAAGGAGAAGAAGAUAAAGAGAGAGAUGUGAUUAGGCCAUAUUUAUCUGAAGCAUGGCUCAUAAGGAAACCAAGUUCACCACUUUUAAAUCUAAGGGUUCCAAGAGUUACUGCAGCUGCUGACAUGAAGAAACAUCUCAAGUUUUGGGCUAGAACUGUUGCAUCUGAAAUCCAUCAAGAAUCUUAAUAAUCAUGGUUAAUUAAGAUUGUGAUUAGUAACCAAUUGAUGAGUUUUGGGAAAGAUGUGAUAGAGACAAAAGUUAUACAAUAGUGAAGGGUGGGAAAAUUCAACUGUAAAGAAUAUUUCUUUAAUUAAAUAUAUAUAUGUUGUGACUCAAGAAGAGAGUAAUGUAUAAAUUAUGAACUAAUAAAAGAGAAAGUGAUAAUUUUGAAUC